UGUCUCUUAGGGAAGUCCUGGGAGAGCUGAAGUAGCUGGUACACGCCCUUUCAGUCCACACACACACACAUACAGACCGGUCUGUCUGUCUCUCUCGCUGCGUCUCGUCAACACACUCCCGAAGCCUCUCUGCAGCCUGGAGCAACAUGUCCUGCGUGCGGAGACAAACUAAACUUAGCAAAUCUGAUGAAUUUCUUCACCAUGCUUCCAACCAGAAGGUGAUACAAACAAAUGCAAAACUUCUAGGAAUGGAGGGCGAUCCAGACCUGCAGUUCCUCCUGCAAGGCGGAGACCUCCUCAAGGUCCUGUCCCCGUCCUGGAAGAAGACCCGUCAUCUAAAGCUCCAGGAGGACUGCAAGACCAUAUGGCGUGAAUCUAAGAAAACCUUCAAGUCGAGCCAGACCUUUCCAGUCGACAGCAUCUCCGCAGUUAGACUUGGCCGCCAGUCGGAGGGUUUGAAGAAGAACACAGGAGAGCAUGUGGAGGGCCGCUGCUUCACCAUCGUGUUUAAGGGCCGCCGAAAGAACCUGGACCUCAUAGCUAGCUCGGAGGAAGAGGCCGGGUGCUGGGUGAGGGGCCUGGAAAAACUGAUCUCCAGCCUAGUCAACCUCUCCGCCAAUCAGGCUAAAGAUCAUUGGAUCUUCAGCUGCCUGAGCAAAGCAGACAAGAACAAAGAUAGUAAACUGAGUCAGCAAGAGAUGAAGAACUUCCUCCAGCUGCUCAACAUUGGGCUGGAUGAUGACUACGCAGAGAUGCUCUUCAAGAAAUGUGACAAAUCCAGAUCUGGAUACCUUGCCGGAGCGGAGAUUGAGCAUUUUUACAAUCUGCUGACCCAGCGGGAGGAGAUCGACGUCAUCUACGGGGAGUACGCCAAAACCACGGGCUUCAUGAAUGCCGGGAAUCUGGUGGAAUUCCUGAUGAAGGAGCAGAGGGAGAAGGUGACCCUAGCCGACGCCCAGAAGAUCAUUGAGAAGUACGAGCCAGAUGAACAGGCCAAAGGGAAAGGUCUGCUGUCCAAAGAUGGCUUCCUCAUGUACCUCCUCGAUCCAGAGGCCAUGGUCUUCAAUCCGGACCAUAAGGAGGUGUACCAGGAUAUGAAGCAGCCCCUCAACCAUUAUUUCAUCUCCUCCUCACACAACACGUACCUCAUGGAGGAUCAGCUGAAAGGACCCAGCAGCACCGAGGCCUACGUCAGAGCUCUGCUGAAGGGCUGCCGCUGUGUGGAGCUGGAUUGCUGGGAUGGAUCAGACAACGAGCCGGUGAUCUACCACGGUUACACUCUAACCUCAAAGAUCCUCUUCAAAGAUGUGAUCAAAACCAUCAAGGAGUAUGCUUUCAAGAAAUCUGACUACCCAGUAAUUCUCUCCUUGGAGAACCACUGCAGCGUGGAGCAGCAGUCCGUCAUGGCCCAACACAUGAGCUCCAUCCUGGGGAGCGCGCUCGUCACCACUCCCCUGGGCGACGGCAUGCCCGCAAACUUCCCAUCGCCUGAGGAGCUGAAAGGGAGAUUCCUGAUUAAAGGAAAGAGAUUAAACAAACUGGAGGCCAGCUUCGCUGAUGUCACCGAGGAGGCCGACAACUCCGAUGUGACCGAAGAAGAAGAGUCGAGUAACGAGGCAGACGACGAACCAGAGAAGAAGAGCAACAAAAACCUGAAACUAGCCAAAGAGCUGUCCGACAUGGUCAUCUACUGCAAGAGUGUUCACUUCAACGGCUUCGAAGACGCCAGGAAAAACCAGAGCUUUUACGAGAUGUCAUCAUUUAAAGAGGGGAAAGCCGUGAAACUGGCAGAGGAGUCAGCCAAUGCCUACAUCCGGCACAACGUGGAAAAACUGAGCCGCAUUUAUCCCGCAGGCUCAAGGACCGACUCUUCAAACUACAACCCAGUACCACUGUGGAACGCAGGCUGCCAAAUUGUCGCCCUGAACUUCCAGACGGGCUGCACAGAGUUGGACAUAAACCAGGGCAGAUUCCUGAUCAACGGCAAAGGCGGCUAUGUUCUCAAACCGGCCUACAUGAGGGACAGUUCCACCGAGUUCGACCCCAUCACUCUGACCCGAGGAGACUGGCUGCAGCACAAGACGUUGCAUAUCAUGGUCAUAUCAGGCCAGCAGCUCCCUAAAGUGAACAUGAAGAAAUCCUCCAUCGUGGACCCGCUGGUUAAAGUGCAGAUCUAUGGGGUGCCGGAUGAUGUUGCAGAGAAAGAGACCAGUGCUAUUCCGAACAAUGGCUUCAACCCCAGUUGGAACGAGAACUUCAAGUUUGACGUGCACGUGCCAGAGCUGGCGCUGCUUCGCUUUCUCAUAGAGGACCACGACUCAGCGUCUGACAACGAGUUCGUGGGACAGUACACACUUCCGUUCAACAGCCUCAAAAUGGGGUACAGACACGUGCCUCUGCUCAACAGGAAUGGAGACAAGCUCCCCUCAGCCGGACUCUUUGUGCACGUCAUGGUCCUGGAUGCUGAAUGAAACACCAGACUGCGUAUCCCCCCCACUCCACCAAACCUCCGCCUGCUCCAUCGCAACAAACCUGGACCUUGUUCACACAAUAAUCAUGUUUUUAGAUUUUUUUUAGUUUCUUUUAGAGGAAAGCUAACUUAUAGAAGUUACUGUAGUAGUUUAAAAUUAGACUGCAAAAGUAAUACGAGGAUUAUGGAUUCAUUGUCAGCCAUGUUGCAGACACAAUGGGUUUAACUGACUCAUGUCCUCAAUUUUAAUCAGAAUAUAUUUUUAAAUUAUUUUAUGUAGUUUAGAGAAGAACAGCAUGCUUUGUUUUCACCAAUAGAUUCAGCCAUUAAUGAUAGUUUUCAUGUACAAGAAUCUGACUAUUUUUUUCUUUUUUAUCAUCAGUAAACACUUUAAAAGUGAAACUUAUGUUUUUUUAUUUGUUUUGUAUCAGACCUACCAGCAGAUCAGUCUGGAUGUGCCUCAGGAGACUCGCACAAGGAGAGCGCCUUCUGUCUUUCCACAGAAUAAGAUCGUUGCCACGUGAACUUUGGGUUGACACACCCUUUGUACACAGAGUGUCAAUAAAAGACAGUCAAGGAAGUGCUACAGUAAUGUGAAGAAGUCAAAGCUCAAUGACCUCAACAGGACAUUAAUUUUUUUUAAAAAGGGAGUAAUUAUUCCUGUUAAAUUUUAAAAAGGUUUACUUUAUUUUUUGAAGUUCCAUGAAGUUAUUUCACCAGAAAUUCCUGCAGACACCCAUCAACCUUUUGCAGCAGCUGGUAAAGACAUAACAGUCUUAAAUGAAAUUAAUCUUUUAUUGAAGUGGCUUUUGAAAGAUUUUUAAAAAGUCCAACAUUUCAAGUUUAUUCCAGAUCCAACACACCAUUUGAGUUAAGCGGAUGCUUAGGACAGCCAUACCACCAGGGGGCCCCCCAAGAGCCCAGAGCUAGAAUGAUAAAAUUUGUAAAAUCCAAAUGAGACCUAGCUUCCCACUUUUUGAAUAGCAUACAUUUCACAGUAGCAAAUGAAAGGAAAAUAACAAUAAUAGAAAGUAAAUGCUAUUAAAAAAUAAAUUUCUGUUGGUUUAUAGUUGGUACGUAAAUGGAUUAAUCUCUUCCUGCUGUUGGCCCCUGACACAGUUGGAGAAAAUAUAUCAAACUUAACUUGUUCAUAGCAAAUAUGUUAAUCAGCUAAUGUUUCUUUUCAAUAAAAAAAAAUACAGCACAUUCAAAAAAACCUGCAUCUUAAAUUUCAUUUUUUUUAAAGUUUGCUACUCCUGUAAGGUUACUAACAGCCAUAAUCACACCGUUAUGAUGUAAGCUAAUUACAAAAGAUGCUUAUGACAGCAAUGUUACACAGAGUAACUUAGAAAUAAUGAAGCAUCUGGUGUGACUGGUUGGUGUGACCAAAACGGUGAUGAAUUUAUUCAGUCAGCAGUACAGUUAACAUAGUGUAAUAAAAGAAGUGGCAAAUACUUUUUCAGAGCUUUGUACGAUUUAAAAAAAAAAAAACCUCAGGCAUGAGAAAUGUAUAGUUCCAAUGAAGACUUUAUUAAGGAAAGAAAAAAAAAAACAAAACCAAAUGCUCAGAAUGACCAACACUGAAAACUCAAGUCAACAAAAUCCAGCAUGUAAAAAAAAAGAAAAAAAAAAAGUGAAGAACCUGAUCCAAAUAAAAACCACUGUGGCUUAAACUCAAG